UUUAAAAAAACACAAUACCGGAAUAUUUUCGCAUAAACAAUUGUGUUAAUUUUAUUUUUGCGAAAUUUCAAUUGAACUUUUAUAAAAUCGUAAAAAAUGGAUGCAGAUUCAGCAAGAAAAUCUUGGGAGUUAGAGAAUAACAUAAAAACUUUGCCCUCUUGUGAUGAAAUAUUUCGCUACGAUGCCGAGCAACAAAGACAAAUUUUAGAUGCUAAACCCUGGGAAAAAGAUCACCAUUAUUUUAAGGAUAUUAAAAUAUCUGCAUUGUCAUUGUUAAAAAUGGUAAUGCAUGCUAGAUCAGGAGGUACAUUGGAAAUAAUGGGUUUACUUUUAGGUAAAGUGGAGGAUAAUACAAUGAUUGUCAUGGAUGCCUUUGCUUUGCCGGUGGAGGGCACUGAAACGCGUGUUAAUGCCCAGUCACAGGCCUAUGAAUACAUGUCUGCCUACAUUGAUUCGGCUAAAGAAGUAGGUCGUUUGGAGAAUGCCAUAGGCUGGUAUCACAGUCAUCCUGGUUAUGGUUGCUGGCUUUCGGGCAUUGAUGUCUCCACACAAAUGCUUAAUCAAAACUUUCAAGAACCCUUUGUGGCCAUUGUCGUAGAUCCUGUCCGUACUGUCUCUGCUGGCAAAGUGUGUUUAGGUGCCUUCCGCACUUAUCCAAAGGGUUACAAGGCUCCCAAUGAAGAACCCUCAGAAUACCAAACUAUACCGUUGAAUAAAAUUGAAGAUUUCGGUGUUCAUUGCAAACAAUAUUAUCCCUUGGAAGUUAGUUAUUUCAAAUCGGCUUUAGAUCGUAAACUUUUGGAUUCUUUGUGGAACAAAUAUUGGGUCAAUACUUUAGGCAGUUCUGGCUUGUUAACUAAUACUGAAUACACUACUGGUCAGAUAUUUGAUUUGUCUGAAAAGUUGGAACAAAGUGAGUCUAGUUUGGGUAGAGGUACUUUUUUGAUAUCGGGUGGCGAUGUGAAUGAGAAGCGCACCGAAGACAAAUUAACCAAGGCCACACGUGAUUGCAGUCGCGCUUCAAUUGAAUUAAUUCAUGGUCUAAUGGCUCAAAUUGCCAAAGAUAAACUAUUCAAUAAAGUUGGUUUGGAAAAGAAGUAGAAGAUGGCGUGAGUCAUCAGAAGAGGAUUUGCAUUACUUAUAACAAAGCAUUAAAAAAAUAAAUGAAUUUAAAAAAUUCGUAAUAAAU